AUGUCCGCCAAUGAGAAGUUAGAUUUUGGGGUUAUUACCAAAAUGAAGACCACCACCUUCUUCACCGCCGUGGCCGUGCUCAUCGUCAGCGCCGUCGCGCUCCCCAACCCCAACCCGGCCCCCGAGGCGAGCCCGCAGAUCUGCUCCUGCGUCCUGGGCUGCUACGACACAUGCGGCGCGAAACUGUGCUGCUAG